UGUUAGAAACCCCAAUUUCUCCAGUGAGGAACCUCCCAGACCUGGUUUCUGUGCAUGUAUUCCCAGUUUCAGAGUGGAUAAGCUAACUGGAGAGCCCUUUCCUCAGUUUAAAGGAGUGUUACUAUGAUCAGAACAUGGAACAGCUCAUGCUUGAUAAUGGCAGCAUUUGCUUCAGUCACAGUACUUCAAAUUUCCAGCAAGUAAAAGGACAGCACAGCAUUUCUCCAGCAUUCAUGGCUCUUGUUAUCUGAGAGCAGGAUGUGCUGGAAUCACCACUCCUGAAGGGAUUUAAAAGCUGUAUGGAUGUAACACUUUGGAACAUGGUUUAGUGGAGGCUUUGGCAGUGCCAGGGGGGAAGAUUGGAAUCAAUGGCUUCACAGGACUUUUCCAACUUUAACAAUUUCAUGAUUCUGUGACUUCUCCCUGACAGAAUGGCAGCACACCAACUACAAUGCAGAAAAUCAGUGGUCAGAGUGAGUUCAGGGGAGAAGGUCAGUGUGGAGGGGCUAGAGACCUGAAUAGGGACAGAAGAGGGGGUGAGUGCAAACUCUGCUUUCUGUCAUUUAUAACAUGACACUGUGCUUUGUGCAGCAGCAAAUGCAUCCUGCUCACACCAUCCAUGAGCCUUGGAGCUGCAGCACAUUCCCUUCCCUUCCUGGCCGCUCCCCAACCUGUGCCAUGGGAGCCUGAGCCGCAGGGAUGGCACAGGACAACUUCUCCCGGGUGACUGAAUUCAUCCUCCUGGGGCUCUCCGACACCCGGGAGCUGCAACUCCUCUUCUUCACCCUCUUCCUCCUGGCCUACACCAUGGUUCUGCUGGGCAACCUCCUCAUCAUCGUGACAGUCAGGACUGACCCCAAGCUCUCCUCGCCCAUGUACUUCCUCCUCUGCAAUCUGUCCUUCAUCGACAUCUGUUACACCUCUGUCACCAUCCCCAGGGUGCUGGUGGCCCUGCUCUCAGGGCACAAGGCCAUUGCCUUUGAGGCCUGCAUGGCCCAGCUGUUUUUCCUGCAUUUUGUGGGUUCCUCGGAGAUGUUCCUCCUGACGGUGAUGGCGUUCGACCGCUACACAGCCAUCUGCAGGCCCCUGCACUACACGGCCAUCAUGGCUCGCGGGGCCUGCUGGGCCCUGGUCGCUGCCUGCUGGGUCGGGGGCUUUAUCCACUCCAUUGUCCAGACUGUGCUCAUGCUCCAGCUGCCCUUCUGCGGCCCCAACGUGAUCCACAGCUACUUCUGUGACGUGCCGCCCGUCAUCCCCCUGGCCUGUGCCGACACCGCCCUCACCGAGUGGCUCAUGGCCUCCAACAGUGGCCUCAUAUCCCUGGGCUGCUUCCUGGUGCUGGUGGCCUCCUACGCGCUCAUCCUGGCCAAGGUGCGGGCCCGCCUGUCCCAGGGGCACUGGAAGGCGCUGUCCACCUGCGCCUCACAUGUGAUGGUCGUCACCCUGCUCUUCGUGCCCUGCAUCUUCACCUACCUGCGGCCUGCUGGGGCCUUGCCCACAAGACAAGACAAGUACGUCUGUAUCAUCUACACAAUCUUCUCCCCCAUGAUGAACCCCCUCAUCUACACUCUGAGGAGCAGCGAGGUGAAGGAAUCCAUGUGGAGACUCUGGAAGCGCUGCAGAGCCUUCUGAGACAAGCUGGGUUGGCAGAACCCUGGAGUUACACCCAGAGUUACACGUGGAGUCACGUUCCUACUAUACUCCUACACAAAAAUGACUUAGUGGCUAAAGCCUACAGACUUCAAAUUAUGUACAAAUACAUUUAUAUACACAUAUGACUGUAAAUAUUUAAAAAUCCAUGCUUAAAA